AUGGCAAACUACACCACCUCCGACGCAGCAUCCUAUAUUCGCGCCUUCCUCUCCACAGCAGCCGCGUCAGGGAAACGCGCCGUGAAACUGAUUGUCCCGCUCCACAGCGGAUACAUAAUCCGCUCGAAUAUCAUCCCACUGCGACUCCGCGACUCGCAGCACAUCGAGUCGGCCAUCUCCUUCGCCCAACCGCUACAGACCUACAACGGCCAACGUGUUUCCAUCUCGACUUCAACGGACUUAACAACACUCAUUUCGGCUGCCACCGCCGGCCUAAUCCUCUACCCUGACAGCACACCGGGAAGCGACGCGGUCGAGUCAGACCUAGACAACAGACUCUCCUUCCCCUGGAUCCAACCCGGCACCCCCCAACGCAAGACCCUGGCUCUAGUCGACGCUAACAGCGCCCAUCCUCAAGACGGGCUCGGCUUCUACCGCGCCGCGCGUGAGCUAGGCAUCAACGUAGUGGUGCUAGAGAAUGCAGGGCACUGGCUCGAGGACCCGGCACAGACCCACUGGCGUGAGGCAUUCAUUCCGACGCGCUUGACGAACCCGCCGGAACCCGACGUAGGGAGCCACAUCCUGGCCUCGCUGCGGGCGUAUGGGAAACCCGUAGAUGGGAUCGUGACAUUCGCUGACUCGUUCUGGUACUACAUUGCGCAGAUCGCGCCGGUGCUUGGGCUGCAGACGACACCGCCGGACUCGCUCCGCAUCGCGACGAAUAAGUUUCUCACGAGCAAGCAUGUGGGCCACGAGGCAUACUCUGCAAGCAGCCUUGAUGAAGCGUUCGCCAUUGCAGAGAAGGUGGAUCUCCCCUAUCCGCUUAUUGUCAAGCCAUGCGACGGCUGGAGCUCUGAAGGUGUAUCCCGAGUCGACACUCCCGAUGCGCUCCCAGCCGCUAUCAAGUCCAUCGACACCUUGCGCCAUGGCACUGAAUUUGUAAUAGAGCGGUACUGCUCCGGUCCCGAGGUAGACGUCAAUCUAGUCCUUCUAGAUGGCGAAAUUCUCUUCGCAGAGGUCUGCGAUGACCUUCCUAAGUCCGCCGACAUCAACGGGCCAACCGUAGGCUCACUAACAAACUUCCACGAGCUGAAUAGCGUCUACCCCUCUGCUCUUCCCGAGAAAGAACUUGAUCUCCUCAUUACCAGCUUUGCAGGCACGCUGUCAUCCCUGGGGAUUCGGAACGGGGUCAUGCACCUAGAAGGCCGAGUCGAGAACUCGACAAUGGACUACCGUGAAGCUAACGGCAUCAUCGAUCUGCACCAGCGCAACGAUGUCUCCCGGUCCCAUCAACCUUCAGCCUGGCUAAUCGAAAUAAACCCCCGCCCGCUCGGCAUGACCGGCUCACACAUCAUCGAAUCCACCUACGGCAUCGACUACUGGGCCCUGGCUGCCAUCCUAGGCGUCAACGACAAACCCCGAGCUCGCGCCCUCGCGGUUCCCUACAAAUCUGGCCCCCAAUAUACAGCAAUCAUGGUCUUCAUCCCGGCGGACUUCUCCAUAGAAAGCGAGGGGAUCUUCGUCAGCGACGAUAUCUGCGCGGAUUUGAUUGCGCGCCGACCAGAUUUGGGGCAGAGUAUUAGUCGGUGUGCGACCCUUGUGAAACGCGGGGAGAAGGUGAGACAUCCGAGUACAGGGAAGCAUACGUUUUUGGCGUAUUUCAAUGUGUUUUCGCGUGUGGGACGGGCGGAGGCGUUGAGGUUGGCGAGGGAGGUGAGGGAAGAGGUUAGGUAUUCUUUUAUUUAGGGACAAUGGUCAGUGGCAAUGGUUGCUACCGAUAUCCUCAACCAUUAUCUACCUGGACAGUCCGUAAAAGGUCUAUGUGCGUUAGUGAGAGGCUUGGAUGUGCAGUGUCGGGAUAUGGAGUUAGGGCCGACGUUACAUUCGGACCGAAGGCUUAAUCCUUAGCUAUACAUCUAGGUAGUAUAGUA